AUGCAAACGGGAAGACCUCCGUCAACGCAAAGUUUUACAAAUAAAACAGCAUCGAGAAUGUCGACGGGUAUGAUGCAGCAGCCUCCGAGGACCACACAAUCAGUUUUAGGAAUGUCUAACAUCAACGUUUUGGACAGGCCGAUCACACAGCAGGGAGUUGCAGGUUUGCGAAUGUCGACGUCAAGUAGGGGACCUCAAAUCAGACAAGUCAAAGACAAGCGUUACUACGAAGGAUUGUUGAGAAUGAAAAUGAAAGACAUACAAAUGGAAAUGAAUCGUUUAAAUGAAGAGAUCGAAUUGGAAACUCAACAGCAAGCGACUUCGCAAGUCUACGAGAAAAGAGUCAGGGAAAUUGCAUCGGAAUUAACGGGAUUGCAAGGUCAAUUAGCAGACUAUAAUUUGGUUAUUGAUAAAGUCAAUACGAACACGGACAAAGCGCAAAUAGAUGCGGAAACGGAAGAAUUAAAAAAUGAAAAUGAAAGGCUAACAGAAAAUUUAAAUGAACUCUUUGAACAAAACCGAAUGAAAGAAAAUCUCAUUCAACAACUCGAAGAUGAUGUACAAAAUGAAAAAAAUGUGACCUUUAAACUCAUUGAAGAAAUGAAUGAAAACGAAAGGAAAAAAUACCAAGAAUUAAAAGUGACAAAUGAAAAUCUUCAAAAAGAAAUUGAUGAAGACCAGCAAGAACUUGAAAUGUUGACGAGGCAAAAAUUAGAUUUGGAAGAUAGAAUUUCAGGUUCCCAGAUUAAACAAGAAACUGUGAGAUUAUAUUAUAAAUUGAGAGAGAGAGAAGAUAGAAAAGCAAUAUUGUUGGAAGAGGAAAAAACGAGGUCAACACCGGCACAGGAAAGGGAAAAAUUAUUGCAAAAAGUUAAAGAAGAUAAUGCGGAAAUGGCCGCCAUUGACAGACAAAUAAAUCACAUAAAUGAAGAAAUAAAAAAAAAAAAAGAUGAAUUGGAAAUGACCGAACAGAAACCCCAAAAAAAAAAAAAAAAAAAAAAAAAAAAACAUUUUCGGGAUUUGGAAAAAAGUCAAACGGACAGACAUAAAAAAUUUAAAGAGUUAAAAAAACGGGAAGAAACGAUGGAACAAUUUUUAUCAACUUUUCAAGACUCGGAAAAAGAAGAAAAUGAUAAAAUACAAGAUUUAGAAAAUAAAAUUGUUGAAACGCUGGAACGAAUGAGUAAAAAUUUAACUGGAGUCAUAAAAUUGCCAAGUCGCGAUGAAUUUUACCUCAUGAAAGAAAAUCUAACGCUCAAAGAAGAAGAAUUGAGAAAAUCUAAAUUAACCGUCGAAGAAUUAAAUAUCAAAAGAGAAAAAUUAACCAACAACAUGAAAAAAAUUGAAAAUUUGGAAGAGAAAAUCCAGGAGGAAACGGUUAGCCUCCGUGAAAAAAUGAAAAAAAUGGCGGAAGAAAUGAACACGUUUUCCGAUUUGGACGAUUUAAGGAACAAAGCAAAGGAAAAAAGGGAAAAUUUAUUACGGGAAAAAGAUGAUUUGAACAAGAGCAAAACGUCUCUGAGCAAAAUCAAAAUGGAUUUGAAAAAACAAAACGAACAAAUGACGAAAGAAUUAAAUGAAAACGAAACUUACGUUCAUUUGAACAAUCUUGAAAAAAAAUUACAACUGCUGGAACAAAAUAAUAAUUCCGUUAAAGAAUUCAUAGAUGCGAAAAAAACGGAAAUGGAUGGCAGUAGACAACAAACGAUCCUUUCAUUAAUUUUAUCGCAAUAA